AUGCGCGAACUGGUUUUGCAAGUGACGUGUGUUGAGUGUAAAAGCCUGUUUUUCUGCUUUUUGGCUCUAUAUCCCUGGUCCAUUCAGUGGCUACCCUACAGAAAAGUACGCCAAAAUGGCCGAUAAAGAAGUGUACGAUGACGCCGUGGAGGAGAGGGUAAUAAAUGAGGAGUACAAGAUCUGGAAGAAAAACACACCAUUCCUGUAUGACCUAGUCAUGACACAUGCGCUCGAGUGGCCAAGUUUAACAGUGCAGUGGCUUCCUGAUGUCAACAGGCCUGAGGGGAAGGACUAUGUGGUUCACCGGCUGGUGUUGGGCACACACACUUCAGACGAGCAAAACCAUCUGGUCAUCGCCAGUGUUCAGAUCCCCAAUGAUGACGCUCAGUUCGACGCUUCCCACUAUGACAGUGAGAAAGGAGCAGAGUUUGGAGGGUUUGGAUCAGUUAGUGGAAAGAUUGAGAUUGAGAUUAAGAUCAACCAUGAAGGAGAAGUGAACAGAGCCAGAUACAUGCCACAAAACCCCUGCAUCAUCGCCACCAAGACCCCUACUUCUGAUGUGCUGGUGUUUGACUACACCAAACACCCAUCCAAACCAGACCCCAGUGGAGACUGUAGUCCAGACCUGAGGCUGCGGGGACAUCAGAAAGAGGGCUAUGGUUUGUCCUGGAACCCCAACCUCAGUGGAAACCUGCUCAGUGCAUCUGACGACCAU